CUUGGCCCCGAGCGCGGCGGCUGCCACUCGGGGGGGCACGGCGGGCCGGGCCGGGCUGGGCGCUGCGGCGGGAUCUGCCCGUGGGGGCGGCGGGCGGGGCCUUAUCCCGGCCCUGUCCCGGCGGAGCGUGCCCGGAGCCCCGGCCUCGGCGGGACCUGGCGGAGAGCGGGCUGGCCGGGCCGUGUCGGUGCAGCCCGGCUCGCCGGGGCUCGGCUGCCUGCGCUGCUCUGCCCGGCCGGGCCCCGGGAGCUGCCCCGCGGGAAGAGCCCGUGUCCCGGGGUCCCCGUGUCCCGCUGUCGCGGGUCUGUGCCUGCGGGGCUCCCGGCCGUGCGGGAGGGGUGGAGGAGCAGCAGGGCGUUCUUUAAUUAACCCUUAUUACUAGUUACGCUCUUGGAGAAAUUCUGAUGCUCUGAAGUUUCACACUUAACGAUCUUGUAAAUCCCAUUUAAAAAUCUCAUUAAAAACAAUCUUCUAAUACAGGAAAGCAUUUUACUGCUAUAGUUGCUAUGUAAGCAACAUAACACUUGCUCAGAUGUAGAUGUGAUAAGCCAGGAGGUUGUUACUGAGUUUCCGAAUGAUAUUGCUUGGCAGAAACUUCUGGUCAGGAAACAUGAAAUGUUCCCACCGUUGCUGUACUUUGGGUUUAAAGAUGUUGGUAGAUUUGGAGUUACCAAAAGUACUGCUCAGACAGGCAGAACUCUGUUUAUGAGCUUGACUUCGGCUUCCUGGUCGUGAACACAAACCUCUCAACAGACCGUGGAGAGCUUUCCUUGACACAGUAGCUUUUAAUUAUUAACUCUGCAGUAGGUGUUCUUUUUCUUUUGAAGCAAUUAAGUGUUUAUGAUAAGAGUACAGCUUUCACCUUUUGUAUGUAAGUACAUAAUUAACCUUAACACAAAGAGCCCUUAUGACAGCGGGGAUGACUCUUUGGGUAAAGUUACCUCACUGAUCAAGGCCUAAACUUUCAGGGUUGGGGUUUUUAAAUUUGUUUUUUGUGCCCAUAGCGGUUUCAGGUAGUUCAGCAAGACAUUGCCAGCAUUAGUGUUUUAAAAUACCAUGUAUAUUCUUAAAGAUUGCAAUCCUGCAGAUCCUUGGCCCGGUUUCCACCAGGUGCACAGACUCAGGUGACUUGUCCCCUCAGCAUCUGUGUACCGUGUGCCCGGUAGCCUGUGCCCUGCGCUCCAUGCCUUGUGCUCCCUGCCCGACGCUCCUGGGCGCUCAGACCUGCCUCAUGCCCGGAGCUGCCUCUUCUGCCUGUGCUGCUGCCUCGUUUGGUUCCUGCAGCCCCUGUCCUUCAGCCUUCCACCGCAGGGACCGCACUUUCAAAUAAUGUUUAUAAAACAAAAUGAAACAGAAAAACAACACCCAAGGCCUCUCUUUUAGUGGUUAGUGCUGCACUGAGUGCAAAGUUAACACAAGACCUGAUCAUACCUUCUUAAAUUUUUGGUACCUCAGAAGUGGGGCACAAAGAAUAUGUCUCUUUACUUGGUGAACAUUCUUAUCUGAGCAGCACCAGCAUGAUGUGCUGGGAAACCGGAAAACAACUCACUAUCUCAUUUGUUAUCACUAAUACAGGGCAGUCUGGGGAGCUGAAUUAGUCGCAGGGCACUUAGAGGCAAGGUCUGCAUCCCAGUUCCAGGUUGUGUGUCAGCAGGUUCUGGUUGCCCUUAGGUGAUCGCGGUAACCUUUGGUAUGAUGGUGUGGCAGCUCACAGCGGUGAGAGGGAGCAGGAAUGCCUUUGGCUGUAGCAGCUGGCGUGUGUGUCCGCCUGGACCUGCAAUAGGACCAGCAAGCCUGAACAGUUGUACUUGAAGCCAGAACCAUCUUGACCUGUUCUCUGUGUGUGCCAGAGCUGUGUUAAUGCUUUUGGCUCUCUUGGACAAUACAGCCAGCAGCAUUAACUCAACACUUCAUUUUCUUGCUGUGGUUAGUGAAAGGUGAGACUUGUAGCACUCAGCAGGUGAGGACUGUUCUGCAGGUGUGAGCUCUGGGAGCAGUUGGCUUGAGAAGCAGUGAGGAUGGUGCAGAACAUCGUGUACUGUUGGUGCCUCUUGUAGCUCCAGGUUUGAAGAGCAGAAGUGCCGGAGGGUGCUGUGUGGGCUGGGUGCUGUGCAGGAACCUUGCUGGUACUGUUUCUGGUACAUAAACUCUUUGAUAGCCCAGCACUAGAGCCAAUUCAGGCGUGGUGGGAAAACCUUGUUUUUCUUAGCCUCUGACAGCGGAACAGAGCUCCGCUUGCCUGUUGCCCUUUAGGAGCAACGAUCUGUCUGAAUUUUAGAUGCCUUAGUUAUGCCUGUAGCUAAAAGUUCUGUUUAAUCAAGAGCCUGUAGUCUUUCUUGGUAUAAAUCUAGUCAAAUAUAGGAUCUACUUUAAAGACAAACUUAGUUAUACCCCCUUCCUUUCUCCACACCAGAAACAACACGAGAUCAUGAGGCUUCCCCUGCUAACACCAAGGAGAUGCCUGAUGCAAAAGUGGCUGUCAGCUUCAGUGGGCUCUGGGUUUUCACCUGGUUGGAGUAUGGCGUGUCGUGGCCUCUAGAAACAGCUACAGAGCCAGGCAGAGGCUUUUUUUCUGGAGUAGGAGCGGGAUCACAGAGAACUCGGUGCUUUCUUAGUUCUUAGGGCAAAGGUUUUCCUGCUGCUUGGUCUGUUUUUUCCAGGAGGGAGGGGAGAGACAGGGAUUGGAGAAAACAGCCCUCCUCCUCUUCUUGCAUGGUUUACUUCAUUAAAUCAUCUGCUAUUGAGCUGCAUGUGUACUUGCUGAAGUCUUGUCGUGUGCUACUGUGCUGAGGCAGCAGAGCACAGGAAUGAAAAUGGUUCCUGAGCAUGUCAGGAAUCCUGCUCCCGUCUUUGGGUGGAAAUAGGGCUGUGUGGAGCACACAGUCAAUGCCUGCGUAGCCUGGUCUGCCGGCGGGGUCGAGCACUGGGGGUCUUCUUGAGCUGAAAGGAUGAAAAUUGGCAGUUGGAAAGUCACCAUCACUGCCUUAAGUCUCAGCCUACCUUCUGGUGUCCCAGUCGAUGCCUUUGGGUGCACAAGCCUGCAAGAGCGUCCACAGUUCCCUCCCAUGAUUUAGACAGCGGCUUGGAGCAUGCAUCGCUAGCGGGAUGGUCGGCCACCGGAGCUGCAAUGUCGUCCCUGACGACCUCCAGUGAGGGAGAGAACUCCACUCCCAGGUUUGUUGUCGGUUCCAGGGAUGAUGAGACAGACUUUCUGGGAUCAAACAUGAAGACAGACGAAACCGAUUUCUUUGAAGAUGACGAAGAGGAGGAGUCGCCACCUGAACGGCAGAUUGUGGUUGGAAUCUGUGCCAUGACCAAAAAGUCCAAGUCAAAGCCCAUGACACAGAUUCUGGAGCGUCUGUGCAAGUUUGAGUACAUCACAGUGGUGAUUAUGGGGGAAGAUGUUAUUCUGAAUGAACCAGUGGAGAACUGGCCUGCUUGUGACUGCCUCAUAUCGUUCCACUCCAAAGGAUUUCCCCUGGAUAAAGCGGUUGCUUAUGCCAAGCUGUGCAAGCCCUUUCUGAUUAAUGACCUUGAUAUGCAGUAUUAUAUCCAGGACAGGCGUGAAGUGUAUCGGAUCCUCCAAGAAGAGGGGAUAGACUUGCCCCGCUACGCUGUGCUCAAUCGAGACCCUGACAGACCAGAAGAGUGCAACUUGGUGGAAGGAGAGGACCACGUGGAGGUAAACGGAGCUAUUUUCCCAAAGCCGUUUGUAGAGAAGCCGGUCAGUGCUGAAGACCAUAAUGUGUAUAUUUACUACCCGACGUCAGCAGGCGGGGGCAGCCAGCGGCUCUUUCGGAAGAUUGGCAGCCGGAGUAGCGUGUACUCCCCAGAGAGCAGUGUGAGGAAGACGGGCUCGUACAUUUAUGAGGAGUUCAUGCCUACGGAUGGCACUGAUGUGAAGGUGUACACUGUUGGGCCAGACUAUGCCCAUGCAGAGGCUCGCAAAUCCCCCGCUUUGGAUGGGAAGGUUGAACGGGACAGUGAAGGGAAAGAAAUCCGUUACCCUGUCAUGCUGACCGCCAUGGAGAAACUAGUUGCCCGGAAAGUCUGUGUAGCCUUUAAGCAAACAGUGUGUGGGUUCGACCUCCUGCGAGCAAACGGCCACUCUUUUGUUUGUGAUGUGAAUGGCUUCAGUUUUGUGAAGAACUCUAUGAAGUAUUACGAUGACUGUGCCAAAAUCCUCGGGUGUGUGAAAUUCGAGUUUUGUCAGACAGUAAGAAAUAUAAUCAUGCGGGAAUUGGCUCCUCAGUUUCAUAUUCCCUGGUCCAUCCCAACAGAGGCAGAAGACAUUCCCAUUGUCCCCACAACUUCAGGCACCAUGAUGGAGCUUCGUUGUGUUAUUGCAGUCAUCCGGCACGGAGAUCGCACCCCAAAGCAGAAGAUGAAGAUGGAAGUGAAGCAUCCCCGGUUCUUUGAACUGUUUGAGAAAUACGAUGGCUACAAGACAGGGAAGUUGAAGCUGAAAAAACCAGAGCAGCUACAGGAGGUGCUGGACAUUGCGCGGCAGCUUGUGGUGGAGCUGGGAACCCACAGCGACUGCGAGAUUGAGGAGAGGAAAUCCAAACUGGAGCAGCUGAAGAGCGUCUUGGAGAUGUAUGGACAUUUUUCUGGCAUUAACCGUAAGGUUCAACUGACCUAUCUGCCUCAUGGACAUCCAAAAACUGCAAGUGAAGAUGAAGACGCUCGCCGGGAGCCUUCCCCGUCCCUUCUGCUGGUGCUCAAGUGGGGUGGAGAGCUGACGCCCACAGGAAGGGUCCAGGCAGAGGAGCUGGGCCGAGCCUUUCGCUGCAUGUACCCUGGUGGCCAAGGUGAUUAUGCUGGUUUCCCUGGAUGUGGCUUGCUCAGGCUGCACAGCACAUACCGCCAUGAUCUCAAGAUCUACGCCUCAGACGAGGGACGAGUUCAGAUGACUGCAGCAGCUUUUGCAAAGGGUCUGCUGGCCCUGGAAGGAGAGCUGACCCCCAUCCUGGUGCAGAUGGUGAAAAGUGCAAAUAUGAAUGGUCUCCUGGACAGUGACAGUGAUUCCCUGAGCAGCUGUCAGCACCGAGUGAAGGCACGGCUGCAUGAAAUCAUGCAGAAGGAUGCUGAGUUUUGCGAGGAGGAUUAUGAAAAGCUAGCACCCACAGGCAGUGCGUCUCUGCUCAACUCCAUGAUGUUCAUUCAGAACCCUGUAGAGGUCUGUAACCAGGUGUUCGCCCUGAUUGAGAAUCUCACUUCCCAGAUCAAAAAACGUCUGGAAGACCCAAAAUCUGCAGACCUGCAGCUGUACCACAGUGAGACUUUAGAACUGAUGCUGCAACGCUGGAGCAAGCUGGAACGAGAUUUCCGCAUGAAGAAUGGGCGUUACGACAUCAGCAAGAUCCCCGAUAUCUAUGACUGCAUCAAGUACGAUGUGCAGCACAACUGUGCGCUGAAGCUGGAAGGCACAGCUGAACUCUUCAAACUCUCCAAAGCCCUGGCAGAUGUGAUCAUACCCCAGGAAUAUGGAAUUAAUAAGGAGGAGAAACUGGAGAUUGCUAUUGGCUUUUGUCUUCCUCUCAUUAAAAAGAUCCAGUUGGACCUACAGAGAACCCAUGAAGAUGAGUCGGUCAACAAACUACAUCCCUUGUACUCCAGAGGAGUUCUGUCGCCAGGUCGCCACGUUCGGACACGACUCUACUUUACCAGUGAGAGCCACGUGCACUCUCUGCUCAGCAUCUUCCGCUACGGGGGGCUCCUGGAUGAGAACAAAGACCAGCAGUGGAAGCGAGCCAUGGACUAUUUGAGUGCUAUCUCAGAGCUGAACUACAUGACCCAGAUUGUUAUCAUGCUCUACGAGGACAACAACAAGGACCCAUCUUCGGAAGAGCGUUUCCACGUGGAGCUGCACUUUAGCCCCGGCGUGAAGGGCUGCGAGGAGGAUGGGAAUGUGCCCACUGGGUUUGGGUUCCGUCCCGCCUCAGCAGAGAAUGAGGGCAAGAAAGCUGACCAGGGCAGCCUGGAGAACCUGUCCAAAGAGAAGGGCACUGAUGAGCCAGAUCGUGCACAACAAAGGUCUCCACAGCCUUCUGAGCCCAUUAGCAUUCAGCGAAGGUCACCGCUGAUCAGGAACCGCAAGACAGGGUCCAUGGAGGUGCUCUCUGAAUCUUCUUCCAAAUCAGGAGGUUAUCGCCUCUUCAGCACUUAUUCCAGGCAGUCUUCUGAGAUGAAGCAGAGUGGCUUAGGGUCACAGUGCACCGGGCUGUUUAGCACCACUGUGCUGGGAGGCUCCUCCAGUGCCCCCAACCUCCAGGACUACGCACGCAGCCAUGGCAAAAAGUUUGCCAGCAGCCUGACAUAUAAAGACGAGCUCUUGUCUAUGCCAGCCGUAAAACGAUUUUCUGUGUCGUUUGCAAAGCAUCCGACUAAUGCUGCAUCCGCCCCUCUCACUCUCUAUGGCCCCUUUUCUCCAGAUGCGUUUGAGCACCACCACGUUGCCCAGUUGCUGCGGCGCUUUUCCUCUGACUGUGCCACCAGCCGGAACGUCGCCCUGGAUGCUGCUCUAGCCCAUCACCUCCAGCAGUGCUCCUACCACCUGCGUCUCUUCAGGAGCUGGCUGAUCUCAGGGCAGGAUGACUUGGAGUGUCUUUACGGUUUUGAAGGAUGUUCCAUGGUUCCUACCAUCUAUCCCCUGGAGACUCUGCACAACUCCCUCUCUUUGCGCCAGGUCAACGAGUUCCUGACAGCCGUGUGCAGGAGCUGCAGUGAGUCGCAUGUCCAGUCCACCGCAGCUUUGUUUGAUUCAAUGAUUGGCAGCCAGAUACCAGGGGACCCCUUUAUGUCCCAGCGAAUCCUGUCAUCAUCCUCUUUGCCUUUGCGCCAGCGUUCGGAUAAGCCCCCUUGGUACAGCAGUGGACCCUCCAGCACCGUCUCCAGUGCAGGGCCAUCCUCCCCAACCUCUGUGGACAACUGCGCUCGUUUCAGCUUUGCCGAGAAACUUUCCAUCAGUCCCCCCAAAAGUGAGGAGCAGCUGAGCAGCCAGUGCCCCGAGCACGGGGACCGGCAGCCUGCAGGCAGAGGGCUCGACGUGGAGCUGCGGCUGUCAGGGUUGUUGGUGGCAGAGCCGAGUGCCCCCGAGGCCCUGGCCUGGAGCAGCGGCCCAGAGCCACGCAGUGUCCUGGAGCUAUGUGAGAAGGAGCUGGCGGAGCAGGACUCCAACCUGGAGAAGAGUGCGUUGGAGCUGGAUGAAGAAGAAUCAGAUGGGGAAAUGCUAGAGCCAAGUGACACCAGGAACCCAAAGUGUGAUGCAGGGUCUGAUCCAGGCCUGGCUGGGAAGAGAGUGAAGCCAGGUGAGGGUCACAGAGAGGGAGUAACUGGCCUGAAUCUGUCAGGGCUGCCCGAGGAGAUCUUGGCGCCCUGUGGAGAGGAGCUGCUGCAAGAGGAGUUGGACGCAGAGCACACAGGCAGUGAGCUGCUGGGGGACAGUGCUGCGUCAGGCCUGCUUCUGCCUGCUCACCCGGGCCAGGGGCAGCCGCUGCCUCUGGAGGAAUGCGUGGAGCAGCAGCAGCGGUGUGGGGAGGAUCAGCAGAACUAGCAGCUCACUACCGCAUGCUGCGAGCGCUUCUGGCCCGGCGGCAGCCGGCUCCCCGCACACACCUCGUGCAGCUGGCUGUCCGCACACAAGCCACAACCAAGGCCAAAGGACUCGGGGGUGUGACGGGGUCUGCUCUGCUCUUUGCCGUUCGCCAAGAGGCGGUGCCCCAUCUGCCUUGUUAAACGAAGAACACCUGCAGUCCCGAUACUGGCAUGGUGGCUCCAUGGGGCAGGGCCAUGGGGCUACGCUGGUCUCCCCAGGGCUGUGUGCUUGCUGGGACAGCAGAGGGAGAGGACAGGUACAACCUGGGCUUUGGGGGGUAAGUCAAAGGAGACAGAUGCUCCCUUGAGUUUUUUUGGCCCAUAGCCUUCAGAGAAAGGCAUUCUGGGCCCAAAGUAAUCAGAUCCACCACAACCACCAACCUCUUCUCUGCUCCUUCCUUCUUCCUCUCUCAGUUCCCACCACUGGCCACCAAAAACAGGUCCAGAGAGUCCAUGGCAGGAAGACCAGGAGAAGCAGAAAGCAUUUGAAUGAGUGUGGGAAGGAAAAUAAUGAAGGGAUCAGAUCUGAGACUGCUACUUGCAAGGAAACAUCUCUUUGGCAUGGAUAUGAAUGUUCUCCUGCUGGGCUGGGGCAGGCAGGGGCCCAGAGAUCCAGCCUGGGAGAGGUGGGCAGGGAGGACACACACGGGUUUUUUUCUAGUCCCCAAGGGUCAGACAGGGUACAGCUCUGAAGUCUUGGUGACAGAAAUUAAAAGAAACAGCUAUUUGAACAAAUCAGGAUUAUUAGAAACCAAUAAGGAGAAAUCUUUAUUAUAUAUAAAAGGAAAAGUAUUUAAUACAUAUUUAUGUAAAUGACUUGUGAGCACAAGCCUGAGGGCAGGGGUGUCGGUGCUGCAUCCUGCGUGCACGCCAGGCUCUGCCUCUUGCGCCUCGGUACCUAGGGACAAGUCUGCGUGUUUGUCCGUAGCUAGUAUCUGUGUUUUUGUGAAGCUGUGCCCAAAGAUCUCCACACUGUGUUGUGAUGAUGUGUGUUCACAGUAAAUCUAUGCUGUGGGUCCAGCGUC